AGAGAGAGUUUUGGCGCUUAUAAGUAUCGAGUGCCCAGCAAAAAUUCAUCACAGUAGCGAUGGGAGAAGAAGAAGCCGUUGAAUCCGAAUCUAAUGUAGCCAACGCCAAAGAAGACUACUCCUCACCGGUGCUUCGGUUCAACGUUCCUCCUCAUAGAACCUACCACUUCCACAACCAGUUCAUCACUCCCUCCAACCCUAACAAUUUCCUCAAGGCCGUUAAAUGGUCACCCGAUGGCUCCUCUUUCCUCACCUCUUCCGACGACAACACUCUCCGCCUCUUCACGCCACCGGCUAGUGAAUGUGACAUUCCUGUUGCUGCUUCCAACGACGAAUCAGAUUCCUUUGCUGCAAAUGUAGUCAUGAGUGAAGGAGAGUCUAUACACGAUUUCUGUUGGUAUCCUUACAUGUCUUCGUCAGAUCUUGUGACCAAUGUUUUCGCGACUACGACUCGUGACCAUCCAAUACAUCUAUGGGAUGCUACCUCAGGCCAGUUGCGUUGCACAUAUCGGGCAUAUGAUGCUAUGGAUGAAAUUACUGCUGCUUUUUCAAUUGCUUUCAAUCCUGCAGGGACUAAGAUAUUUGCUGGAUACAACAAAUGUAUUAGGAUGUUUGAUUUACAUCGCCCUGGUAGAGAUUUUGAAUUGUAUUCAACAGUAAAAGAUAAAAAAGAAGGCCAAACAGGUAUUAUAUCUGCAAUGGCUUUUUCUCCAUUUCAUUCUGGGAUGCUAGCUUUGGGUUCUUACAAUCAAACUACUGCUAUUUAUAGGGAAGACAACAUGGAGCUCUUGUACGUGUUGCAUGGUCAAGAAGGUGGAAUUACACAUGUCCAGUUUUCCAGGGAUGGAAAUUAUUUAUAUACUGGAGGUCGGAAGGACCCUUAUAUUCUCUGCUGGGAUGUGCGCAAAGCUGUUGACUGUGUCUACAAGCUAUACAGGUCAUCAGAAAACACCAAUCAGCGGAUAUUGUUUGAUGUUGACCCUUCUGGACAGCAUCUUGGUACAGGUGGCCAGGAUGGUUUAGUACAUAUAUAUAAUCUUCAAACUGGGCAGUGGGUGUCAAGUUUUGAGGCUGCUUUAGACUCUGUUAAUGGCUUCUCGUUCCAUCCAUUUCUGCCCUGUGCUGUGUCAUCUUCAGGUCACCGAAGAUUUGUGAUUCCAGAUGAUGGCAAGGAAGAUUUGUGUUUAAGUGGUCGUGAAAACUGUGUCUCGGUGUGGACUUUCUGCUCUGAUUCAAUGAUGGAGAUAGAUUUGAAUAAUGAUGGCAGUUUCAAUAAUCGAUCUGAAAGUGGUGUCUUGGACUGAAAUUCCCUAAUUUUUUUGCAGCCACCUUGUACCGAUCAGGUUAACUCAACAAAGCGAUUUUGCGGAAGUUUUAGGGAAGUGUUUGGCAAAAUUCUGGCAAGUUCGUGAUCAAGGUGGUGUGUUUUUUGUUCCUAGGACAAUUCUUUUCUAAGGCUCGCUAGGCUUGUGAGCCGUGUGUGUGCACAUCGCAUUCUAUACGUGAGAAAUUGUAAAAUCGUUGGGAACUGGUCCUCCAUUAUAUUAAUUUCUUGAAUUUAUAAUGUCUAUUUUAUUAUAUUCUAUUUU